UUUCCAGCCGCGUCUUCGCAAAUCGUCCUGUGAUAAUGAUUUGUCUGCGUCUUCCCAAGAUUCUCAUGCCAGCAGUGUCAACGACAAUUUUUCGAGAGUUUUGAUACAGAACAACAAGAAAAGGUUGAUGCAAUUUUUAUUUGGUUCUCUUUCGCCAUUUUAUUUUAAUGCAAGUUAGAUUUGUUGAUUAUCGACUAUAGAAGAAAUCUAUCGAGAACUGGAUUCCUUCAUCUUCUGAGUAAUUGGAAUUUUGCUGGCAUUUGGGCAAACAAGGAAAAACACCCACAGAUACAUAAUAAAACACAAAACUUGCAAGCAAACCCCACUCCCCAUGGAGGCUCCACUCCACGCUGUCGGAGAACAAUGGGAAAAUACCCCACCGCCACGUCGUCAGAGAAGAGUGGCAGAGCCAAUGGCAUUGUAAACCAGAGAGAGAGAGCGUCUUUAGCAAGCGAAUGCACUGGUCGCUCUCAGACUCGUUGAUUUAUGGAAUGGUUACGAUCACAAGAAAAGGGACAAACGACAUCGUUCGAACUCCUCGCACAGACAUACGACUCUGGACGCUAUUGCAUGACUCCUACAAUUUGAGAAUUAAGGCAGCGCAGCAGAGAAAAACAAACUAACAAAUGGGAGGGGAAAAAAAACCAGAGGAAGCUUCCUGCGAAGGGAGCCUGAUGUAACCGACAACGUAGAAUCAUGUAUCCUUGGGGGCGUCCUAGUCCCAUCAUUUUUGCAGACCUUUACUUCCUUGCUGAAUUCAUUGAGACACAUGAUGCUUUACUCUGGUGCUCUUCCCACGCUCCCAGCCUCCCUAGAGUGACCAACGAAAACACAGUAAUAAGCGCCAACUUCUCACCCCUUUUCUUUUGAUCUUGUUCGGAUCAUAUUCGGGUUUUACUGUGAGGGAUUGGACAUCCACUAAAUCGGAUGCUUCAAGGUCUGAUAGCUUUGUCGACGCAGCCUGUAUGUUUCAUAUUCUGAAAUUGGUUAAUUUCAUCUUGUAUCUGUUGCUGCUGGGAUUAAAUUUUAUAGGCUGUUUGGGAUUGGAAUGGUCGAGCUAAAUGAAUAAGCUAGAGGGAGAAGUAAAUUAUUCAAAAGUUCAUUGGGGUUAUAGCAUUGCCAAAUUUUGUUAGCAGGGACUGCAAGGAGAAGGGUUUGAGCAGAUUUUUAUUCAAAAAAAAAAAAUUUUUGGUGACUUCUUGACUUCUGGAAGCAAGUUGAAUCAGUAACUUGAGCUGGAUUUUAGUCAAGUCUGCAUAUGCCCAUCAAAUGGAGCGACAAUAUUCUGCAGGAAGUCUCUCAAGUGGUUCUGAAUUGUGCUAUUGAUGACAAAUCUUGCUGCUGCAUUCCCGUGACAGGGAUGGAGAGCCAUCAUGUUGUGGAAUCAGGAUUCUACAUGACUUCUUUCGCUGCAACAAUCUUCAUCACGGGACUUGUCACUGCUGGGGUUUUGUUAAUUACUUUGCUGAUCUCAUUGGCUGUGAUGCUGCAGUCUUGUCAAAGUAAACAUGCCGGAGUUAUUGAGCUCCAGAGUAUUCAUAAUUGUUACAGUUAUUGCAAGAUUCGUGCUCUGCAUGCCGAGUUUAAUAACUUGGAAGGUUACAAUCUUCCUGAGGUUUGUAGAGAUCCUGCUAUACAGUAUGUUAAAGGAGGUCAGUACGCUGCAGUGGAUUCAACCAUGUCUCUGAUUGAGGAUUACUUUAGCCUUGUCAGACCAUCAGAUGAUGGUUUUGAUGUGGUGUUGAUCGAGAUAGAUGACCUUUUUCCUUCAUAUCCUCAUUCUUCCAAUUGGUUUCACCGGUUUUAUAACUACAGAGUGAGUGAAUGUGUGAAGGAGGCAAGGGAUUUAAAGCUUAAGCUUGUCUUAAGAUUAUACAUAAACCUUAAAGGUGCCGGGUGGCCAAUAAUAUUGUUAUCAAGAGAGCCUCGAACCCAGCGAAAUGUCACCGCUUAUCAUCUUAUUUCCGCUGGAUUUAGAGGCUGGUCUUCCUUGGUAGUGAGAGAAGAUGAUGAAGAUUCCAUCAAAGGGAAUGAAUACGUUUUAAGGGAAAGGAGUGUGAUUGGGAAAGGAUUGCGUAUAAAAAGUAUCAUAAGCAACCAUAUAGAUGCUGUCACGGUUCAAGAUAGUGGGAUGAGAAAUUUUAAGCUUCCGGACCCUCUGUGUGCCAAAUUUGAGCAUCAAAUGGAGAUCCCAGACGCACCAUACUAGUUUCAUUCUUUUGGGUGGUGGAAUGAAUUUCCUUUUCUAACAACAUAUAUUUUACGGGGGACCAUGAUUGGAAUGGAAAUUUUCUUUUGUAUCUAAUAUUUUUUGUGGGCGUGGUAUGUUUGUAUUCAUGUCUAUGUAUUCAUAUAUAAUAUAAAUUUUAAAAAUUU